AUGGACAGCAUUCUCUCGGAGAAUUCAGAAGGGGUGCAGGAGUGUAUCGAUGCCCUCGAACAACAUGGAUUUACCGAUAUCGUCCUCGUAUACAGCAGCGCACACCUUCUUACCUUCAGACUACGACGGGAUGGGAAUAUCAUUGCGGCGAAGAUGCAGAGGGCGCCGAAUAACAGGGGCGAUUCUGGGGCAUUUCGGCAUGAGAUGACGAUUUUGAUGGAGUUGGCAACGUGUGGGAUGAAUGGGGUGAGCAAGGCGGUUGGUGUGGAGCAGACGACAUAUGGACCGGUGUUCCUUAUUCAAUUCAACGAGGAUGAGACCAACCUAAAGAGAAGGGGAUUGCUCGAUGCGUGGCCGCGGGACUUCAACCUCAUCCUCGAUAUCUCAAUCCAGACUUGCCAGAUCCUCGAAUCAUUGCAUCAGAAGAAUAUCCGUCACGGCAACAUCCGACCAGAAGUCAUCUCCAUCCAAGGCACGGAGAACACCGUUACCCUCCACGACUUCUCGCAUGCGUCCCGAUUAGCGACCGAAGAUCCAUAUAUCGACUCUUCAAUUCUACUUGAUUCAUCGAUAUAUUACCUGGCGCCGGAAGCUACGGGCAGAAUGAACCGUAAGGUGGAUCUCCGAGCAGAUAUCUACUCGCUUGGUGUUACCAUGUACGCACUGACAACCGGCCGCCUACCCUUCCGGACCAAUGCAGCACUCGAGGUCAUUCACGCCCAUUGCGCUGUCUCUCCCGACUCACCGCAAUCGCUCUGCAAAGAAUGCCCGACUGCGUUCUCGGAUGUGAUCAUGAAGUGUAUGGAAAAGGUUUCGGAAGAUAGAUAUCAAACAGCAAACGGACUUCGCGUUGAUCUGGAAGAGAUCAAGCGAAGAAUCGACCUGCCAGGCAUCUCGGACGAUGAGAGAUGGCGGGGCUGGACAAUCGGUGCAUUGGAUUACGCUUCAAGAUUCUACAGCUCGCAGAAGAUCUUCGGAAGGGAUGUGGAGAUACAGAGACUAACCGAAGCCUGCGAACGAGUUCGAGUAACUGGCAAGAGUGAAAUCGCAGUCAUCCGCGGCUACUCCGGCGUUGGAAAAAGCCGACUCAUCGCUGAAGUCCGACACCGUAUCUCAGAAAAGGGCCGCAGCGAUUUCGUCGCAAUGAAAUACGAGCAAUACGGGAAACGUGUAGCAUUCUCCCGGAUUAUCGAGGCUUUGUCACCGCUUUUCCAGCGGUCGUUGGCGAGCUCGACAUAUGAUCUUGCGAAAAUUCAGAGACGGAUAUUGAGGUCGCUGGGGACCGAGACGAGGGUUUUGGCGGAUUUGAUUCCGGAUUUGGCGCAGAUUUUGCAGGACAAGAUGAAGGAUUUGCCCAUUCCGGGGGAGUUAUCUGCGCAGGCUGCUGAGGCACGGCUGAAAAGGCUCUUGUUCUCGUUGUUUGGAGUGUUCGGCAGACGGGAGCGACCAUUGAUCCUGAUCUUUGACGAUGUUCAGUGGGCACCGAGCUCUGAUUUGCAGCUUAUUUCAGACCUGAAGAAGGCACGGGAUCUGGAUAACAUCUACGUUAUCUGUGGCCACAGGAAUAACGAGGUCAAGUCCAUUCCAGUUUUGGAGCCGCCAGGUAUUGAUAUGUUCAUCGAGCUUCCACCGCUCAGCAUCGAGGAUAUCGGGGGGAUCGUGUGCGACACACUUCAUGAAGAACGGCCGAAGUUGGAGAACAAGCAGACGUGGACGGAACAUCAAUCCGACUUGGCCAAGUUCAUUGACCUGAUAGCGCGACGAGCUUGCGGGAAUGCAUUCUUCGCCAAGCAAGUCCUGGAGAAUCUGUAUAGGGAUGGUAAACUCACUUUCGAUUUCGAGCAAGGUUGCUGGAUGUGGAAUAUCGAGGAGAUCUACACCCUGAUAGACUCGCCUGAUCUCUUGAACCUCGUUUUGCUGCAGAUUAAGACGCUUGACCAAAGAACAUCCGACGCAAUCGUGGCAGCCGCACACAUUGGCACGAAAUUCGAUUUGUUCGUGUUGGCAGCUGUCAUCGGUACCACUCAAGGCCAACUUGCAAGUGACUUGUGGGCGGCAUUGGUGCAUGGUCUGAUCAUCCCUGAUUCGGAGAAUUACAAGGCGUCUUUUGCUCUGGCUGAGCAUGCUAAUCUUGACUUGAACGCAAACAAUGAUGCUGGCGAUAUGGGCGGUGACAAGGAUAAGGCUACUGUAUACCGGUUCGUACAUGAUAGAAUUCAAGAGGCGGCGUACACGAUGGUUCCCGAUGACGGAGAGAGUCAUCCUCGGAUGCAUCUUCAGAUCGGACGAGCUUUGUCGAAGGCGUGCGACGGUGAUGACGCACUUUACGGCAAGUAUCUCUUCGACAUUUGCACGCAGAUGAACCACGGUCUCUCACAGAUAAUCCAGCCAUCAGAGCGCGAGAAGCUUGCUGUAUUGAAUAUCACCGCGGGCGAGGCGGCGCUGAGGAACUUGGCAUUCGAGAGUGCUGAAGAGUUCAUCAGUAUCGCGAAAACCCUCCUGACGGACACUGAAUGUCACUGGGAGAGAAACCGUGAGUUGAGUUUGAGGAUUUAUGACGGAUGGGUUGAUGCUUGCUCUUCUAGCAACAAAUUCGAGGAGGCUGUAGACGCGGCUACAGAAUACCUUGAUCACCUGAAGGAUGACAAGAUCGCGAGGAUCCGCAUGAUUAUCAAGAAGACAAGAGCCUUACAUGGCCUUGCCAAGCUGACGGAGGCUAUUGAAGUCGGUCUCGAGGGGUUAAGGCUCGCAGGGUAUGAUGUUUCCACUGCUGAGGAAGAUCAACCUAGGAUGAAGGCGUUGGCACAAGACGCUCUCAUUGCUCUAAAACCGUUCUCAGACCGUGAGGUAGUGGAGCGAUUUGCACGAGAGUCCGGCAUUAUGACGGAUCCUUUCCUGCUCCUGGUCAUGAACGCAGUUGCAACUGUCUCUCAUUCCGUCUACGUGUUGAUGCCCCAUCUGGGCAUUCUCCUCUGCAACAUCGCAAUUGACUUGUCAACCAAGCACGGUUUGUCGGCAGCUGGUGCUUUCGCAUUUACGUUCUAUGCCUUGCUUCUCUGCGAGUCGAAGAAGGCCGAGCAUUAUGCCGCUGCCGAUGCACUCGUUGCUAUGGCUGCUACCGCGCUCGAUCGUGCACCAGCUUCUGCUUCAGUGCACGCAAGUAAGUUAUACGUAGGAAUUGGUGUCGUUACGGCAUGGACAAAGGAUCUGAGAACAUCCGCGUCUUACUUCCAGACUGCGUUCACGUACGCAUUUUCUGCUCAGGAGCCUGAGUACAUCUCCUCAGCGACAUUCAACCAGAUUGUUUGGUAUCUUACAGCAGGAGAAUCGCUUUCGAGCAUCAAGUCCAAGUUUUCAAAUAACAUCAAGUUAAUCCAAAAGUAUCGAAAUCAAAACGCCGGAGUUUACAUGGCUUGUUUAUGGCAGGUUAUCACCAAUCUUUCUGACCCAGCCGUGGAAAACCCGGGUACGCUUAAAGGUGAAUGGUUCGAUGAGGACAAAGACAUUGAAAUAAUUGUCCAGUCAAAGUCUACCUACCAUAUGCUGAUCUACCACCUCCUUGCAAUCUGGGUCGCUACCGUCUAUAGACAACCGACUAAAGCUCUGAAACAUGCAAUCGACGGCCUAGAAAUCAUGGGAGUGGCCAAGGCAUCUCUGUAUGGUGCGUCAUUUGUGUUUCACUGCGUUAUCGUGUUCCUUGACAACUAUGAGUCUUUGACCGACGAGCAGAAGGUGAAAUUGGAUGCCAUGAUUGAGGAUGACCUUCGGGCUUGGGCGGAGAAUGCGUACAAGCCGAAUUUCGAGGAUCGCUACCUCCUCGCAAAGGCUGAGAAGGCCAGAAUUGCGGGUAACGUUCAGCAAGCUCUGCAUUUCUAUGAUGAGACUAUCCGCUCCGCAUCAUCGAAUGAGCAUGUGCAAGUUCUGGGAAUGGCAAACGAACGUGCCGCUCGCCUACUUGCAGAUACGUUUGGACCAAAGGCUGCCGGUCUGUAUGCCCAAGAGGCUUACAAGGCAUACAUUCGAUGGGGAUGCACCGCCAAGGCGAACGAUGUCGCUGCUUGUUUCCCGACGUUGAUUCAGAAAGAAAAGGUGGAGACCCCUGCGGCACCCUCCGUCACUCCAGAAUCUGCGAAGCUCAGCAGCAACAGCAUCACGCACUCUCCCUUCUCCACGAGCUCAUCAGGCGCCGCCACUGGUGGUAGUUCGAACCAUCGCGUAGCGAGGGUCAGUUUCUCCAGCAAUUCAUCUUCAUCAGGCUCGAGUGACUACUCACUGAAUUUCGCUGCUGAACUGGACCUGAAGGUGCUCCUUCAGAACGCGCUCGUCAUCACCCGAGAAACCGACUCUCAGCGGUUGAUCGAGCAUGUAACAAGGGUACUCCUGCAGGUGGCCGGAGCAGAUUUCUCCGUUAUCGUACUUGACAAUGCCGGUCAACUGAUGCUGGAAGCAACGGCUGAAGUCGGUGCUACGCCAGUGACGAAGAUCAGCAAGCCACUGAAUGAAUGCACCAGUAUUGUCCCUGUUAAAGCCCUGAACUUCGUUGCAAGGACCAAGCGGUCCAUCGUCAAUGACUGGGCAACAGUGAAGAAUGAUGAGUAUCUCGAGAGGACAAAACCUGCGUCUGUUCUUCUACUUCCUUUGGUCAAUUCCGACAUGCUUGUGGGUGUAGUUUUCCUUCAGAACAAGAGGAUUGUCAGAGCCUUUAAUCAUAAGCGACUGGAGCUCCUUACCCUCCUGGCAUCUCAAGCUGCUACGGCAUUGGAGAAGGCGCGCAUGUACAAGGCACUGCAAGACUCGAAAGAAAACCUCGAGCAAACCGUCGAAGAGCGAACUCUGCAAUUGAAAGUGGCUAAGGAGGAGGCAGAGGCUGCCGCGAACAUGAAGAGCCAGUUCAUGGCGACGAUGUCGCACGAGAUCAGGACGCCUUUCCACGCGAUUGUUGCUUUUGCGACCUUACUUCUCGAUAGCCCGUUGACUCCCACGCAGAUGGAUUACGCUCAAACUAUUCGGGAUUCCAGUCAGGAGUUGGUAACCAUUGUGAGCGACAUCCUUGACCUAAGCAAACUUGACAACGACAAGCUGCAACUGGAUUCGGCACCAUUCUCGCUGCGUGCCUGUAUCGAGGGCGCAAUGGACAUGGUGGCUACCAAUGCCAACGCAAAAGGACUGGAACUCGUUUACUUCAACGAAUCCGACGAAUAUGAUCAGAUCCGUGGUGACCUUACCCGCUGUCGCCAGGUCAUUCUGAACCUGGUCUCAAACGCGAUCAAGUUCACGAACGAUGGUGAGGUAAUCAUCUCAUCCAAAACCACUCCUUUGCCGAGUAUGUCUGCAGGUCAAGAGAAGGCUGUGCUGGAGGUGAGUGUCAGAGACACGGGAAUCGGAAUUUCUGCGGAGCAACAGAAGAAGCUCUUCAAGUUAUUCUCGCAAGUAGACUCCAGUAUCACAAGGCAACAUGGCGGAACUGGCCUUGGGUUGGUCAUCAGCCUGAAAUUGGCGAACAAGAUGCAUGGUGACAUUACCUGCGAGAGCGCCGAAGGAAAAGGUUCUACGUUCAAGUUUACGUUCAUUGCAGGUCUCGACGAGAGCUCCGAAGAGAUUCCUAAGGACCUUGUCGGUAAGCGUUGCUUGAUUGUCGUGAGGAAGGACGCAACCAGACGAAGUAUCCAGCAACUAAUGACAAGUUUCGGCUUUGACUGUACGGGAGCAUUCGGCGAUGCCGCCGUCCUUAAUCACUUGGAUAACGGGAUUCACUUCGACGUCGCCAUCAUUGGCGCAAACAGUGAGGACGAAACCUACAAGAGCACAAUCAAGCUCGUACGUUCCAAGUUCGGGGCCAAGAUUCCUAUCGUUAUCAUGGCGAGGAUUGACUCCACCGUCAUGUCGACGACGAAGGAUCUUGAUAUCAAGGCUUUCUUGAUGAAUCCUAUCAAGCGGACACGGUUGUGGAACAUCGUGCGUGAGGUCUUCCCCGACGCGACCAAGAAGACGAAGCCGGUCGAGCAAAAGCCUCCGUCGAUGUCAAUGUUGACCAUAACCGAAGUGAACGAGGACGAACCUAGGAAAGAUUUGAAGAUCCUCCUCGUCGAGGACAACCUCAUCAACGUCAAAGUUGCCCUCAAGCUCUUGCAGCGAGAAGGCUUCGACGAUGUCGUAGUCGCCCACGACGGUCUCGAAGCAGUCCAAGCAACGAACGUAACAGCCUUCGACAUCAUCUUCAUGGAUCUCUCCAUGCCUCGCAUGGAUGGUAUCGAGGCAACGAAACAUAUCAGGGCUGCGCAGUUGGAAGGACGACCAAGGCCUGUUAUCUGUGCGUUGACUGCGAAUGCGAUGCCGGAGGGAUUGACUGGGUUCGAUGAGUACUUGUCGAAGCCGAUUGAUAUUAAGGCGUUGAAGGGGGUGUUGAGGGAGGCGAGUUGGAGCCCGCAAUGUUAUUCUACGGCUGCGUAA